AUGUUGCAAGAAGUCUGCGAGCUCAGGGCCCAAAAUAGGAAUAGCCAGCUUGCAAUAGUCGCUAUCCCUGCAGAGGGCCUGUCACGAGUGUCUGAAUGGGUUGACCCGUCUGGAUCGUGGCUGAGCAAGUUGAUCGAUGACAUUUUGAUUCCCACACGAGUGUGGGAGUAUAUCUACGAUGGACAGCACGAGGGGUCUCUAGCACAGCAACUUGUUGCUGAUGGUCGGAGUCUUCUCGAAGAUCUUUACAGUCAUUUUUCCAAACCAGAGCACGAGAAAUGCCCCCUUGUUUUUAUCUGCCAUGGCACGGGUGGGCUUGUGUUGAAAAAGAUCGCUACGAAGCCUGUUUGCACUCUACGGACAAUCUCUGAAAGUGUCAUUGACGGCGAGGCCAAUCACUUGGAUAUCUGCAAGGUUCCCGUUGGAGGUAUGGUAUACAAGGCCUGUGUGGAGCUCUUCGGGCGGAUUAUAGAAACCGCUCCUAAAACCAUCGUGGAGAGAUUCAAGCCCUAUAACGUACCCAUCGGGUUGGAAGUUGACACCCUUCGCAGUCCCAGUACAGCGGGAUACACCAAAUUGAUGGAGCAAGAGUCACUCGUACAAGACUCUCUGCCAAUCUCUUCUCCAUUCGGCGCCACUGCGGGAUCGACUGCGGGGUCCUUUGAGAUUGUCCCGGCCAUCGCUGCGCUUGAGAUCACUAGACGAGAUCCUAAGUUGCCAUGUUAUUCUUUCGGAACAAAAAGGAAAAUGGAGUAUUUUUGUGGUAGGCAGGAUGUUCUCCAAAAAAUGGAUGAGUGCCUACUCCCCUCGCCGAAUAAGCUUGAAUCAGAGGGCGGGGAGCAAUUACAGUCCUUCGCCAUCUGUGGUCUCGGUGGAAUGGGCAAAACAGAACUUGCCGUGGAAUUUGCAUAUACCCGCAAAGAGUAUUUUGAAGCAAUCUUUUGGCUUGGUGCCGAUAACGUCCAAGUUCUAGCAUCAAACUUUGCCAAUAUAGCGCAGCAACUCGGGCUUGAAGAUGGUCCACAGGAUCUUGUGGCAAGUCGUGACAUUGUGAACGGAUGGCUUUCAAAGCCCAUGAGAAAGGUCGCGGAGCCAGAUAUCCCAGAGAACCAGGUCCACUGGCUUAUGAUUUUCGAUAAUGUGGACAAUCUGGAUGUUCUCUAUGACUAUUGGCCCACAACAGGACGUGGCUCAGUGCUGAUUACCAGCCGUGAUCCAUUGGCGAAGCAUAAUCACCUCUUAGAAAAUGGCCAAGAUCUAUCUCCUCUCACAUCUACUGAAUCAGAGACUCUCAUGCAACAUUUGACACACGUCAAAGCCGAUCCGCCACAACGUGAAGCGCUUGCGGCAAUUCUCGAGAGGCUCGAUGGCCUGCCUAUCGUGAUUGAUCAAAUGUCAAGCACGUUCCGAGACUUGAGGCUCUCUUAUAUUGACUUCCUCAGGCUAUACAACGAAGAAGGAAUUGUACGACUUCAGACAAUGCAAAAUUUCUCCGCCACAUCGGAUAAAGUUGGCUCAUUAGUGACCCUGUGGUCUCUCAAGCGUCUUUCUAUCCGUACUAAAGAACUGCUAUGGGUGAUCAGCUUGCUUGAUCCAGACGAAAUCCCGGAAGAGACCUUUCACUACAAGAAAGGGCACGUUGCGUUGUCAAACUACCCCAAAACCCUAAGGGACUACCUACAAGCGAGGGCAGAACUUUUAUCAUCAUCAUUGAUCAAACACGAUGCUGAACAGCAAAAGAUCUCCCUCCAUCGACUUACCCAAGAGACAGCGAGAGCCAUAAUGGACGAGAACCAGCUCUUCCAGGCAUUUCAGACAGCGAUACAGCUAGUCAUUGAGGCAUGGCCAUUCCAGUCGAUGAGAGAGCACCAUUGGAUCGCACGAUUUCCCAAGUGCGAAACAAUAUUCCCUAGUAUUCUGCGCUUGAAGAGCAGAGCCGAAGAAUUUAUCAGGGAUGGACGUGAUUAUGCCCUGAAUAUUGAACUUGCGAAACUGCUCAAUGACACAGGAUGGUAUAUGUAUGAACGUGGUGUACCAGAAGAGCUAAAGACCUUUGCUGAAUUGAGUCUGAAGAUCGGUGAACAACUACAAGCUCGGGGAGGCGACGAGGAGGUUCUGCGAACAGUCCGAGAAAGUCACUCUUACGUGGGCAUAGCUUGUGCAGAGUCUCACGAUAGCACCUUGCAUAUGUUCCACAUUCAGAAAUGGUUGGACGUGCUACUGGAAAGGGAAUCCACUCCCGGCGUUCCGGUUCUGGACUAUGAGCUUGGAUAUGCCUACAAUGAGAUUGGGGUUGCAUAUGGUUUUCAAAAUAAAGUUGAAGAAGCAGCGCAGGCAUUCCUCCGCUCCGUUGAAAUAUUCCAAGGACUAAGUGACUACGAAGAGACGAUGCUGGGGUGGCCAACACCCAAUCUUGGAUUUAUGUAUUGGUUGCAAGGCAAGUUAGAGGACGCAGAACAUGUCUUUACCGAGAUAUUGGAUAUACACGUCGCAGCGUGGGGGGUGGACGAUACGACAUCAUUCAAAACAGGGAAAAUUUUAUAUGGGAUGGGUAACGUCCUCCAUGACAUGGGACGCUUUGACGAGAGUUUCAAUUUUCAUCGCCGUUGUCUCCAGCAAUAUAAGAAAACACUUGGGCUCAGGCACGAGCGUACAGGUGACAUUUGCCACAGACUUGCAGGUCACUACAUACGGCAGGGAGCGUACAAGGAAGCCGAGGAAUAUGUCGACCUCGCGCUAAAAAUAUUCAGUAGACGUGAAUUGCUAGUCGGCAAACGCGCUAGAACGUCAUUUUGCAAAGGAAGAUUGCUUAGCUAUAUGAAAAGGGACGCAGAAUCCAAUGAGCUACUGUCAAAAGCUUAUCAACUGCACAAGAAAUUGAAGCCGGAUGACAUUCGUCCGCUGGAGGAGUUGAAAGAGAAGGACUUCGACAUACUGGUUGAAUUUUGGUCGCGAUGA